CAUUAAAAAACAAUUUUAGAUUGCUCAUACAUAUUUUAAGGUUAAUUUGCUCAAGCAUUUGCACAAAUUUACAGUUCUACUUGAGUUUUUAAAUUUAGUAGUCUGUAUAGAUUUUAAUUCCCUGCCCCCGCCCCGUCCAAGCACGCUAUAGGUGCUGCUAAGCCUCUGAUAAAUAUUACUCCAUGAAAGAGUACUCCUUUAAAAAAAUACUCUCAAUAAAAGAACUUUAAUAAGCUUGACUAAAUAUUUAGAAAGCAUAUUGUGUUGAGUGAAACUUUGUAUCUAAUACAUAAUAAGAGUAAUAGAAAAUCAUAUUGGGUGACUAGUCUGUAAUUAUCCAAGGAACACAUACAAUGAAACAAGUUCUUUUGGUUACUUCGUUAAACAGCCAACACAAUGGGGAAAGUGGAGGAAAUGUCCCAUAAACACUAUGAAAAGGGAACCAGAAAACCCAGUAUGUAAUCUCGGAGUAAUGACAGCAUCAGAAAACAAAACCAACAAAAGAGAACACCUUCCAGAACAAUCUGAGCUGCAUGAAAGGCAAACAUUCACUAAAGUUGGAGCUUUCCUAACUAAGUCUGCCCGGAGAUAAGUGGCAUAUUUGACCUUCACCAUGAUUAACAAGCAUUUCUUUGAAAUUGUGUCGGUGCUGUUGGCCUCUUCUACUAUCUUCUCCCUAGAGUUGAAACUGGCUCUCUUCCAACAAAGAGUAAACAGAGAGAGUUUAAAACUCUUGAGUACAUUGCAAAGCUCAUCAAUUCAGCAGUGUCUGCCACACAGGAAAAACUUCCUGCUUCCCCAGCGGUCUGUGAAUCUUCGCCAGUACCAGAAAGGACAAGCACUGGCCAUUCUUCACGAGAUGCUUCAGCAGAUCUUCAACCUCUUCAGGGCAAAUACUUCUUCAGAUGGUUGGGAGGAAAGCCACGUGGAGAAGUUCCUCACUGAGCUUCAUCAACAGCUGGAAUACCUAGAAGAACUCACAGGCCCGGAAGCAGAGCAGGACAGCUGCAUCUUGGGGAGUGAGAACGUUAGGUUACAGAUUAAAAUGUACUUCCAAAGGAUCCAUGAUUACCUGGAAAGCCAAGAGUACAGCAGCUGUGCCUGGACCAUUGUUCGAGUAGAAAUCAACCGGUGUCUCUUCUUUGCACUCCAGCUGAUAAGAAAGAUAAGCAAACGAGGAAUGCAUUCCUUGAAGAAUGUGGAGCAUGAGCCAAGGGCAGACUUUAGAAGCAUAGGGUAG